UAACGCUGUAAGCCUACCACUAGCGGGUACUUAGAACGUACUAUUUCACAAUAAUGCAGUCAGUUGAAGAUAAUAGUGUAUUUCGUUAUGCUUUGGCUGGAGACAUCGAAGGUAUUCAAAAACAUUUGGAAAACGAGUGCCUUUCUAGCAAUACGGAGUCACCAGAUAAUUUGCUCUGGGUAAAGGAUGAGGUCGGUAGAAAUGCACUUUUCGGUGCAUGUAUGCUGGGAAGAAGCACCACCGCGAGGGAACUAGUUAUUAAGCAUGGACUGCAAGUUAAUGAGUUCACUAAAAGAGGUUAUUCCCCUCUGCAUUGUGCUGCCUUAUGGGGACAGCUUGAGACAGUGAAAACUUUGGUGGAACUGGGUGCCGACGUGCAGGCCAAAAACUUCCGUGGGGAGAGGGCCACGGAACUUGCCUCCCGCUAUUCUAAAAUCGAUUGUGCAGAAUAUCUUACCUGGGCAGAGGCUAAGCAGGACUUGCAGUCAUACAUAACACAUGUGAGAGACACCAUUGCUGACCCAGAGAAGGUUCAAGGAAAACUCAACAAGGAGGAUAAGAACAUAUGUACAAACACCUGCUCAGCUAAGUCUGAUUGGAUCCAGAAUGCCAAAACCACCUCUAUCCAAGAGUUCAUUGAGCAAAGGAGGCAUCUUGAGGACACUGUUAUUCCCAUUCUCUCCAAGCUCAUGACUCAACCUGAAACCGCAGGUAAAGCAAUCAAAAGCUGAAAAGAUACACUACGUUGUUUAUGUUGAAAAUCCUUUGACAAAGUUUCCAGAGGAUGUAUAGAAAAUCUGUUAAACUGACCAAAUUGAAAUAUUUUAAUUAAUAAAAUG